AUGUCGUUCAAAUUCAACUGGGACUCGUUUACUAGUGAUGACGACUUUUAUGAUCGCGUUAGGACUUUGCUUUCGGACGCUCUGAACCGCGGGAAAAUGCCUAACAUUCUGGCAGACCGAAUCCGCGUUCGUGAAUUAUACUUGGGCGAUGAAUCCCCACAACUCGAAAUCCUAGAAGUCGGAGAUCUGGCUGAUGACCGGUUCCGGGGGAUCUUUAAGCUCACAUAUGCAGGCAAUGCUUCCAUUACUUUAACAACCAAAAUCCGUGCCAACCCACUCCAAGUUUAUGCAAUGUCGUCUCCUGGAUUUUGCAUGCCGCGAUUCCAAAACUCUGCUGCAGCUUCACUCUCCAUUCCACUCAACCUUACACUCUCCGAUAUUAAACUUUCAGGAAUUAUCAUUCUUGUCUUCUCCAAAGCUAAAGGUCUUACACUUGUAUUUCGAAACGAUCCGCUACAAUCUAUUCGCGUCACAUCGACUUUUGAUACGUUACCUGGGAUUGCGCGCUUUUUACAAACACAAAUUGAAACCCAGAUCCGACUUUUGUUCCGUGAAGACCUGCCUGCCAUUCUGCACAAGCUAUCACACAAAUGGACACCACAAAGCAACAUUGGCUUGGAAAAGUCGCGACUUCAUCAAAAGAUGGCGGAGCACCAGCGCGAAAAGCAAGCAGUAGCAGUAGCAGCAGCAGCAGCAGCAGCAGCAGGAACAGCAGGUGGAGUCGAUACCAAUACAACUGUGGUGGAUAACGAGGACUUUGAUGUGGAUGCCGCAGCAGAACAACAGCAAGAAAAUGAAGAUGGAACUCAAGAAGAAUACGUGCAGUUUGGUGACAUUAACCCGGACAUGCCGAUUCUUUCACCUGCAAACAUGGUCAAGCUCAAUGCCCUAUGUGCAUCCCAACUUACCUUGUCUCUCUUUACACCGUCUAUCAAGGAAACUGUGUACCGGGCCAAUCUUGAAACUCAUGGAGAGGGCUCUUCUGGAGCCUCUGGGACCAAUGGCAAUGCAUUAUCUGGACUUCAACAUGUUGAUGGCACAGUGGAUCUUGAUGAGAUUAUGAGAAUCCAGUCACGUAAUUAUUUCCGAACUUCGCAUGGGAAACCAAGACGUCGGGUUAUUAAGGUUGGCGGCGCCAAAACAAAUAAUGCACAACAGCAACCUUCAGCUACAACUUCUUCUGAUGAUACAACAACUCCGGCUUCGGCUCCGGCUCCGGUUCCGGUUUCAGUUUCAGUUUCAAUUCCAGUAAAGAUAGCUCCUGCACUGAGUACAUCGACACUUGUACCGGUUCCUGUGGCAUCUCAGACCAAGACUACAACAGCCGCAACAGUAGCAGCAUCAGCCGCAACAGUCGUAUCAGCAGCAGCAACAGCAGCAGCAACAACAACAACAAUAACAACACCUUUAAGAAAGAAUACACGUACAACGAGCCGUACUCUCAAGAAGCCCGACGCGGGGUUGCAGGCGAUUCCGCAGUCUCCAACCGAUGGCAGUGGAACUGUUGGCAUUUUAGGUUCACGUAUGCCUUCUCUUGAGACUCCUGUGAAGCCUAGUAAGACUGGCAUUAGUGGAUUGUCUACUUCUAUGUCUAUGACUAAGCCAACAGACCCGGAAAAGGCUCAAUUGUAUGCGCGCGUACAGCAUGUCAUGCGGUCACAACCUCCUAUGUUACGCGUUGUUGUUAAUGACGACGAGGCACGAUCAGAAAAGGUUCUUGCAGCAGAUGUUAAAGCACAGCAGCAGCAACAACAACAACAACAACAAGUACUUCCGAGACGUCGACCUCGGUCGGGUAUGAAGAAUAUUCAUCAUCAUGGCCUUGGACAAUCAGCAACUAAAGCAGGUGAGGCAAUGGAGGACGAAGGACGGGAAUAUGGAAGUCCUCCACCUGCGUAUGUGGCAUAG